UUUGGGGACCAAAAGUUUGGGGAUGAAAAUUUUGGGGGUGACUUCGGGGACAGAAAUUUGGGGACGAAAGAAAAUUUGGGGAUGAAAAAUUUUGGGGAUGGAUUUGGGGACAAAAUUUUGGGGAUGAAAAUGUGGGGAGGAAAAUUUGGGGACCAAAAGUUUGGGGACGAAAUUUUGGGGACGAAAUUUGGGGACAAAAAUUUUGGGGACAAAAAUUUUGGGGACAAAUUUGGGAACAAAAAUUUGGGGAGGAAAAUAUUUGGGGAUGAGAAUUUUGGGGACAAAUUUGGAGAUGCAAAUGUGGGGAUGAAAAUUUGGGGACAAAAAUUUUGGGGAUGCAAAUGUGGGGACGAAUUUGGGAAUGAAAAUUUGGGGAUGAAAAUUUUGGGGAUGAAAAUUUGGGGAUGA